ACAGUUGAAACUGAUACUUCAAACAUGGCGUCUUUAUCGAUAUGCUCACUCGUUUCUUUCUUUUCUGGAGAGCGGAAAUCGCUUGAUCGCGGAGAAAACCACUUCAAAUCCGACCAUGUCCAAAGCUUUAUUUAUUCCAGGGGAGUCAUCAAAGGUGAAGUCCAAGCAAGCAUGAAAAAUAAGGACUACAAAGUCACAAUUUAUCUCGAUGAAAACCUUGAAAUAAAAAACACAGAAUGCGAGUGUCCUCGCGGCGAGUUCAAGUGCAGUCACGCGGCAGCCAUAUUUAUUUAUGGCAUCCAUAACCUUAGCAGGACGGACCUGGAAUGCCAAUGGAAACGAAAGCGAAAGGCAGAAAGCGUACAGUCUGCAAGCCAGAUGUUUCCAGCGCCACCGAAGAAGAAGGAUUACAGCCCUUUGGCGCGCGAUCCUAGCCGAGAAGAUCGGAUGUGGCUGUACAGCGAACUAAAGCGCUAUGGCAAAUUUACAGGGACCUGCUGGAUCUUGAGUCCCGAACCACAACCUGCUACCCCUCUCCCGAUCAAGACGAUUGAGGAUAUCAUUUACUCAGAAGGUUUCCUUAUGGCAUCUACGAAGGAAAAACAAUUAGAGUACUUGAUUGAGAAUGCCAAAGUAGAGGAGAGAACCAUAAAUGUUGUGAGCACCCUCACGGCUGGCCAGCGAAACAGCCCUGCAUGGCACCAAGCUCGUAGAGGCCGCCUGACUGCCAGUAAUUUUGGCUCCGUCCUCCAGGCAAAAAGAGUUACACCGUCUCUUAUCAAGCGACUACUUGGGGAAUACAACUUGAGUGGAGUUAAAGCAAUUGCAUGGGGACAGGACAAUGAGACUGAGGCCCUGAAAUCCUUCACCAACAUCACAAACUUUACACCUGUACAGACCGGCCUUUGGCUACACGAGUCGGGAGUUCUGGGUGCUUCCCCUGAUGGACUUGUGGGAGACGACUCGGUGAUUGAGUGUAAGUGCCCCUACACACAUCGAAAUGCGACAAUCAAGGAAGCUUGUGGGCACAAAGACUUUUACUUGGAGGAGAAGGAAGGGAAUUAUACGCUGUCUACCACACAUGUUUACUGGCAUCAGUGUCAAGGCCAGAUGUUCCUGACAAAGCGCAAAUUCUGCUACUUUGUUGUAUGGACCACAAAGGAUAGUGUAGUGAACCCUCAAACAUCAAGAGGCGACCCAACAAGCAGUAAGCAAUCACUGAAAGAACAGGUAGGAAAGAAGAAGGCGCAAGGAACCAUUUACCAGAAAGACAACAUAUUGACAGUGAGACACAACCGUACAAGAGAGAUCUCACCUUUCUGGCUGGCAGUUCUUCCGGAGGAUGUACAAAUAGAGGUGAAUGGUGGAAAUUUGGUGCAGCAAAGAGUAUCCCUAAAGUGGCUAAACCAGACAAGUGAUUCACUAACAUACACCUCUGGUGAUGUCUGUAAUGGGAAUUCCCCCAAGUGCAUUCUAACCCGAGUACUCGACUUUUCUUCCGAUAGAUCACACAUCAUUUUAACAACAGAGGAGGAUAACAGGCUCUGUAGAAUUGCUAAUGGAGACUAUGGCCACCAUGAUGACAAUGAGAAUGAAACUGCACCACCAACCGCAGAGGAUGAAGGAGAAGUAUCCCUCCCGAUAAGACUGCCGGGAGUUAGUUUAUCAGGACGGAGAACGACACGGUUUAUUCUUAGAUAA